AUGAGGAGCAGAGUUUUCCUGAAUCUCAUUAAUUGGGGCAAGCAAGCGGCCUCGUACCGGCACAUAAGCUUGACGACGAUGGCGAAAAGCAAAUUCGAAUACGUGAAGGAUUUCGAGCGGGAUGACAACUGUUUGCCGAAUUGUUGGAUCGUGAUCAGAAUAGACGGCAGGAAUUUCUCCAGGUUCUGUGAGACGCAUCAGUUCGCCAAGCCGAACGAUGUGGCUGCUCUCGAGCUGAUGAAUCGCGCCGCAAUCACAGUUAUGGAAGACUUCAAGGAAAUCAUAUUGGGCUUCGGCCAGAGCGACGAGUACUCGUUUGUCUUCCGAAAGGACACGCUACUCUACAAGCGUAGAGCAUGGAAAUUAUUAUCAAAUGUAAAUUCAUUGUUUGCUUCGGCAUAUGUUUAUCAUUGGCCACAUUUAUUACGAGGCAAAGAGUUAUAUUAUCCACCUUCCUUUGAUGCUCGUGUUAUAUUAUAUCCAACCGAUAAGAAUUUAAGGGAUUACCUAGCUUGGCGACAGGCUGAUGUACAUGUCAACAACUUGUAUAAUACUUGUUUUUGGAAUCUUGUUUUGAAAGGAAAAUUAACUCCAAAUCAGGCCGAAGAAAAGCUUAGGGGUACUUUAGCAUCGCAUAAAAAUGAGUUGCUGUUUCAAGAAUUUGGUAUAAAUUACAAUAAUGAACCAGCAAUGUUUAGAAAGGGCACAACGCUCAUUCGCAAGUUGGUACCUGACGGCACAGGAAGGUUGAAAUCCGCCGUGGUUCCUUUGGUGGAUGAUAUUAUUGGUGAUCGGUUUUGGAAAGAAAAUCCAGAAGUAAUUGGUUUGAAAAGUUUAGCAACGUAUCAACCAAUUGUAGCAAAUAGCAUAAAUAAAACAAUGUCUGCACCCACACCUCCUUCACCCAUCACGAUAAAACAUGGAAACAAUGUUCCUUCAUCUCUACAAGUAGUUAAUGUGAACUCGAUGAAAAAUGAGGAAACGCAUUCGAACAAAAACAGAGAAACCGACGGGGAGCGAAUGCAGUGCGAGAGUGAACAUAUCUCUAAGAGAUAAAAGUUUAUACUUCCUUUUUUUACAAUAAAACUGAAUUGAAACUGUAUUUAUUUAUAUUUGAUAGUAAAAGACAUAUAUUUAUAUAUAUAUGUAUAUAUUAUGAGACCUUACUUUGCCAAAAGAAAGUGCCGCUAAUGAAAGAAAGAAUAAAGAUUUAAUUUUAAUUUAAAUUUCUUUUCAAGUUUCGAGAAAUAUCUUGGAACAUAAGAACUGUAUUCGAGAAAAAUAUGUAAAUAUGCAAAUAGAUUACCAAUAAAUCUAGUGAUAAAUUUAAGGAAAGUGUACACAAUAAUAAAUUAUUUCUUAUUACCA